AUGGUGAAAGUUCCUAAAACCCGCCGAACUUUCUGCAAGAAAUGUGGCAAGCACCAGACCAACAAAGCAACACAGUACAAGAAGGCCAAGGAAUCCCUUUAUGUCCAGGGAAAGUGGCAUUGUGACAGGAAACAGAGUGGCUAUGGUUGGCAGACUAAGCCUAUUUUCCGCAGAAAGGCUAAAACUACAAAGAAGAUUGUGCUGAAGCUUGAGUGUGUCGAGCCCAACUGCAGAUCUAAGAGAAUGCUGGCUAUUAAGAGGUCCAGGGAUUUUGAACUGAGAGGAGACACGAAGAGAAAGGGCCAAAUGAUCCAGUUCUAA